GCCAUCAUUUUUGCACUCAAUCUGUUCUCUCUCUCUCUUCUCUCUUCGGGUUUGAAAAUGGAGUCCAGCAAAAUGUCAGCUCUGCUGCUAGUUUGCAUGCUUUUCAUUUCCUUGGUGACUCCAAUUCUUGGGUGCGGUUCAUGUGGGAAGGCUCCACCAAAGCAUCGAAAGCCCAAGGGAAAGUCCCCUACAGGUCCCGUCACUCUGCCCCCCCUCGUUAAACCUCCAAUCAAUUUGCCUCCGGUUGUCCCUAAACUCCCCCCGCUUGUCCCUGAACUCCCUCCGGUUGUCCCUAAACUCCCCCCAGUUGUCCCUAAACUCCCUCCGGUUACAGUUCCCCCGGUAACGGUUCCCCCGGUUAUCACAAAGCCACCAAGUGGAAAAGGGAAACCCUGCCCAUCACCACCGACCAAGGACACUUGCCCCAUCGACACGUUGAAACUGGGUGCAUGUGUGGAUCUCCUGGGAGGUUUGGUGCACAUUGGUCUCGGUGACCCGGUCGCGAACGAAUGCUGUCCGGUUCUUACGGGACUCGCUGAGCUCGAAGCUGCUGUCUGCUUGUGCACCACUCUCAAGCUCAAGGUUCUCAACCUUAACAUUUACGUCCCGCUGGCUCUUCAGCUCCUUGUCACGUGUGGGAAAACACCCCCUCCCGGUUACACCUGCUCUCUCUAGAACCAAGGUUGGUAGGUUGAUGGAAUCUAUGAUGAAAUCGACAUGAGAGGAUGUCGAGCUUUCUCUUUCUUCCUUUCUCAAUUGGACUGGAAAUCUAAUGCAGUUUUUAUUGUAACACCAAUUUGUUUUUCCACUUUCGUUUUAAAAGAUUGUCACAACUUGCAAGUGUGUUUCUGUAUCUUAGACAAAGAUGCAAUCAAGGACGAUAUUUGUCUUUCUUCAUGAUU